AUGGACUUUGCAACGAGCUUCAAGAACGGUCAUAUGGGCGCCAAAAAGUUCUGGCGUGAGAACCUCCCCCGACUAAAAUACCAUAAUCCCUCAGUUCCUAUGAUUGUCAAUCGUCACAGCCGGAACAACAAGAAGCCUACAAUCUCUAUCUAUCUCCGCAAACCCGACGCUUCAACUCCCGCACCCGCUACUCGUUCCCAGCCCUCCUCAUCACGCAAUAACAUGUCCAAGGCCACACCGCCGGAUGCUGACGAGAAGAUCGUCACCGUCGAUAUGACUGAGAAACAUUCUUCUCACAUUCUUGAAUACGUACUUGCCGAGACCCGUGCUGUCCCCAUCAAACCCACCAAGGAGGAGAUUCGCGAAUUGCAGGAGUUGGACGCCAUGGCCAGACAAGCCGAGGUCGACCGAGCCCGUAUGAGGAGCCUACGUGAGGAGAAGAAGCGUGAGGAGGAUAUGCUGAAGCGAGCCCGGGCUGCUGGCGGUGUUGCUGAGGAAGAGGAUUCGUAA